AUGCAUAUUUUCAAUGAAGACAUUCCAAAGCUUGCAGCAGAGUUUAAGAAGAGAUACGGUCGCGAACUUAUUGGUAAAACAUUAGGUCAGUUCCAUUCUGACUUUGCAGAAAUCACAAAAGAUAAACAAAGUUUAGCAUACAAGUCAAUAUUUUGUGGAAAGAAGACUUACAUAGACUUACUCACGAAUGAUUUAAAUGAAGUUGCAUUUCAUGCACGUUGUAAAGGUGUAAAACAAGACGUUCUUGCUUUAACAGCUAAUGAAAUGUUUCCUGAAGCUAUACAAUGCUAUUACAAUGAAGAUAAGAACAUUCACAUACCUGUUGGAACAUAUGACAAAGACUCUGAGUUCAGUUUAAUGAAACUUUACAAAGCACUUCAUGAUGGUCAAGAGAUUGGAUUUGACUUAUGUAAGUCUUCUAGUCCUUGCUUUGCUGAAAAGUUUAACUUUUCUAUUCAGACUAAGACUUCAUUCAUAAGAAAGCUUAAGUUCUGA